CUCCUUUUUUCUAUCCUAGAACCAUCUGCCUUCAGCUAGCAAAUUCCACUGCAUGCAUUGUACAGUGCAACUUCUUAUUUGCAAUAGCCCUGCCUGAAUCAUAUUCAAUCACCAAUUCCAUUCUUCUCUCCCUUGAAGCUUAGAGACCAAACAUUUUGCAUCUAAUAAUAGUCAGAAAGUUUACCUGCAACUACAGCAUCCCACUGCUCCCUGCAUCCCACUGCUUCCUGCAUCCCACUGCUCCCUGCAUCCAGCCCAGUGUACACCCUGCUUGCUGGCAGUGAGACCCUUGCAGCCUUGCCUGGGAUUCUCCUAUCAUCUACCAGGCUGUCUUCUCCUGCAUCCUCUGUACCAGCUCACAGCCAGACCAAGAUACACAGCACGCUGAGUACAUAUCAUGGGGAAUCUGUCCUCUCCUCUCCUGCUGUCAGCUCUCUUCCUGGUGAACUAUAGCACAGCAGCAGACUCGGAGGAGAGAUUAAUGAACAGCCUUCUGAGGAAAGACAGAUAUAACAAACUUAUUCGACCGUCGUAUAACAGCUCUCAGCUCGUCUCAAUCAAACUCCAGCUGUCUCUGGCUCAACUCAUCAGCGUGAAUGAACGGGAGCAAAUUAUGACAACAAAUGUUUGGCUCAAUCAGGAGUGGGUAGAUUACCGACUCACCUGGAAUCCAUCGGAAUAUGAUGGAAUAAAAAAGCUUCGUAUCCCAUCAAAACAGAUCUGGCUACCAGACAUCGUCCUAUACAAUAAUGCUGAUGGUACAUAUGAGGUCUCAUUGUUCACCAACGCAAUUGUACAGAACAAUGGAAGCAUUGCUUGGCUACCUCCUGCUAUCUACAAGAGCGCUUGCAAGAUAGAGGUAAAACAUUUUCCUUUCGACCAACAGAACUGCACUUUGAAGUUUCGCUCCUGGACAUAUGAUUACACAGAAAUUGAUCUUGUGCUUAGUACAGCCUAUGCAAGCAUGGAUGACUUUACACCAAGUGGAGAAUGGGACAUUAUAGAGCUUCCAGGAAGAAGAACAACCAACGCAGUAGAUCUCACAUAUGUUGAUGUAACAUAUGAUUUUAUUAUUAAGAGGAAACCUCUUUUCUAUACCAUCAAUUUGAUUAUUCCUUGUAUCCUUAUUACCUCGUUGGCUAUAUUAGUAUUCUACCUUCCAUCAGACUGUGGACAGAAAAUGACCUUAUGUAUAUCGGUGCUUCUUGCACUGACUGUGUUCUUGCUUCUUAUUUCUAAAAUUGUUCCACCAACUUCUUUAGAUGUUCCUCUCAUUGGGAAAUACCUCAUGUUCACUAUGGUGUUGGUGACAUUUUCCAUUGUAACAAGCGUCUGUGUCCUUAAUGUGCACCACAGAUCACCUAGCACACACACAAUGCCAACAUGGGUCAAAAACUGUUUUCUAGAGAGACUUCCAGUGUUCCUCUUCAUGAAAAGACCAGAGCAAGCCUCACCAAAUCAAAAACUUCACAGUUACAGGAGAAAUGGUCAACAUGAAUCAAUCAGAAACUCAAACUGUUUUGUAAAUGCAUCAACUGCAAGAACAAAUGACAGAAGCGAUCAGGCAGAGAAUCUCAGAAACCAAGAAUUCCGAUGUAGAACCUCCAGGAAACUUUCUCCCGAAGUCCAAGAAGCCAUGGAAGGUGUAACCUUCAUAGCAGAUCACAUGAAAACUGAGGAUGAAGACCAAAGUAUAAUCGAAGAUUGGAAAUAUGUUGCCAUGGUCGUGGACAGACUGUUUCUUUGGAUAUUCAUCAUUGUUUGUGUUGUUGGAACUGUCGGACUUUUCAUUCAACCCCUACUACAAAUGCACAUUCCACCUGAUAAUCACUGAUAUGCAGAGAGCUAAACAUCAACAUGACAUCUCCAGGUUUAUAGCUAUUUAUUGCGCUAGAGCCAAAAGGAUCAUAGACAAGGAUAUCGGUUUCUCACAGUAAAU